AUGACUACAGGCAAACCUUUAUCAGCUUAUAAUGGUAUACCACUCGAAAAUCCUACUGUUUAUCGAAUUGUAAUUGGUGCAUUACAAUAUUUGACCCACACCAGACCUGACAUAUCAUAUCCAGUGAAUAAUCACAGUCAAUUUCUCAAAAGUCCCAUAACCAUACACCGGAGUGCAGCCAAAAGAAUCUUGAGCUACUUGAAGAGAACUAUGAAUAACUUACAUAUCACACCAGGUGAUAACUUAAAUCUCACUUGUUAUUCAGAUGCUGAUUGGGCAUGUUGCCCAGAUGAUAGAAGGUUAAUUGGAGGGUAUUGUGUAUUCCUGGGCGACACUCUUAUCUCAUGGUCUUCCAAGAAACAAUAUGUGGUUGCAAGAUCUAGUGCUGAGUCUCAGUACAGGGCACUGUCACAUUUGGCAGCUGAAAUCUCUUGGCUACAAGAGUUACUGCAAGAAAUUAAAGUCAAGCUAAACUCGGUUCCUCAUGUGGUGUGGCAACAUGGGAGCAAGUGCUAUGGCUUCUACCCUAGUUUACCAUGCAUGUACGAAACACAUAGAGCUUGA